GGAAGCCUGAAAGCCAUUUAUGGUGAGGAAGAGAUCAAGCACACUUAUCAGGUCAAUUAUGCUGACAUGACAGCAAAUGCAAAGUGCAGCACAACUGGAAAACUCUUUGGAACUCACAUGAGCCACAACACCGAGCUUGAAGUUAUUGGUCUUGCUGCCAGGAUCACCAAUGAUGCACGCUUCAACUCACAGCCAAUGCGCUUUGACCACACCAUUCGCUGCAGCAUUGUACCUUUUGAUUUCAACCUUGAUGCCAUUUUCAAUGCUGAUGGAGACAUGACCAUGUAUGGAAAGCACAGUGCCCAGCUCUAUGGCAAGUUCCUCCUGAGAGCCCAACCCCUGGCUUUUGCUAGCUCACAUGAAUGCAGAGCAUCCGUAAACCAGCAGCUGGAAAAUGGUUUUGCAUUUGAGACCAGGUUUAAUAACCAGAUGGAUACUGUUCUGUCACUCCCAGAACAAAAGUCCAGCUUUAAAACAAAGGUUAAAUUGAAUAACCACAAUUUCGAUCAGGAGAUGAGUAUUUACAACACUGCAGAGAGAACUGGAAUUGAGGUUUCUGGCAGCAUUUUCACAAACAUCCUCAACAUAGACUCGACAGAGAACCAGGAAUUUACCAUCUCUGGCUUCCUCAAGUAUGACAAGAGCACAAAUACUCACAUAAUUCAGUUUCCUAUAAUUGAAAGUAUUUCUGCUUUCUUGGAAAGCAUCAAGGUGCUUGUUGUGCAUGCCGCAAAGACACUGCAAGACUAUAUUGACAACAAUGACAUUAGGACCAAACUUGAGGAUUUUUGUCAAUAUGUAAGGGACUUUUAUACUAAACUGAAUCUAGAAAACAACCUUAUUAAGCUGAAACAGAACCUCAAUGAUUUUACCCAAAACUAUGUCAUCUCCUUGGAGGAUGUGGAAGCCUCUUUGAGAAAUCUGAAGUUUUCUGUUGAGAAACUGCUGGCUGAGCUCACUGUUUACAUCGAGCAUUUUGCUGAUCUGCUGAAAGAGAUUACUGUUAGUGGCAACUUCCCUGAAACCUUAAUUCAAAAGAUCCAGGAACUGCUGAAUGCCAUUAAUGAGGAGUAUGACAUCCAGGCUAUGAUUGUAUAUGUAAUUGAUAUAGUGAGGGAGAUGAUCCAGCAGAUUGACCUGGAAAAACUGGAGGGCAGCAGCAUUGCAUUUCUGGGUGACAUUGAUUCCAAGUAUGAAAUCAUGGCUAAAUUACAGACAUUCAUGACUGAUAUGAAACAAAUAGUUGAGACCUUCGAUGUAGAGAAAUUUGUGGCCAGGCUGAAGGAGUACAUUUCAUCGAUCAACUUCAAAACUCACAUUGUGGAACUACUGAAUCAGAUUCCCACAGAGAUUUUUAGUGAUUUAACAGAUUACAUUAGGGAAAUGAUCCAGGACCUUGAUAUUCUAGGUAAAAUCAACACACUCUCUGCCAAGCUAAGAGAGUUUAUUGUAAAGUUUGAGGUUGACAAAAAGGUUCAGGCUGUCUUGGAAAAGGUUGCAGAGCUCAUCGAGCAGUUCAGAAUUGAGGAAACCUUCAGGGCUGUUACAAAGAUGGUAAAGGAUGCAGAUUUUCUUGCCAAAUUCAUGGAGGUCUUCCACAGUGCUACCAACUACUUGAAAACAACUGAGAUUAAGGAUAUAAUUUCACAGUGGAAUUUAUAUAUUGGCAUUCUUGAGCAGAAAUUGAAUUCACUUGAUUACAAUGACGUUUUGGAUCACAUCAAUCAAAUGACCGUAAAGUUUACUGCUUAUGCGAAUGACCUUAUAGGGUCUCUUGAAAUCCCUCAAAAACUCGAGGCUGCAAGAAAUUUUGCCAACUUGGUCAUAUCCUCAGUUAGGGGUUUUGUAGAACAAUUAAGAGAAAUUAAAAUAGCGGAAUUUAUAGAAUAUAUCAACAAUAUCCUUGACCAGGUUGUAUUAACAAAUCUAAAGGGAUUUGCUGAAAUUAUAAAGCAGGAAAUUACAAAACUAGAUAUCAAUGCUGGAAUUACCUCUUAUCUGCAGUUGACAAGGAAUUGCUAUACUGAGCUCAUAACUACUGCUACUGAUAAGUUCACCAAUAUGGUUGAGAUCCUCAAGGACAUGGCACCUCAGCAAAAGAUUUUCAGUGAGAUAUUACAGAUCAUUGAGGGGCUAAUUACUGGACUGAAAAAAGCAGAGUUGGACAUGCCAUCCUUCACCAUUCCUCUAACUGAUCUUGUUGUUCCUUCCAUGAAGUUCAGCAUGGAUAGGCUUUACCAGUUUGAAAUCCCGCCACAGCUGGACAUCCCUGAGUUCACAGUCUUGGGCUUCCACACUGUGCAAGCCACCACUAUCUCAGCCAAUGACAUUAAACAGAGAAUCAUCAACUUGAUUGAUUACAUUCUCAACUUUGAGAUGACAAUGUUUAAUAUGGGUGCUUCAUUUGGUGACCUGACCAUGGGCGACCUUCUUUCUCUGCCCCAAUUUACACUCCCUGAGAUAACUGUACCUGAGUUCUACUUUCCCAUGCUUCCUCCUGUUCCAGCUGAGAAACUUCUUAAGACUCUCGAACUCCCAACAUUUAAGUUGCCAGUCAUUCCUAGUGAAAUUAUGAUUCCAGGAUUUGGUAAACUGAGUUUUGAGAUAAAAGUCAACUCCCCCAUCUACACUAUCAGGAAUGCAGCUGAAGUACAAACCUCUCUUGAUGUAGAUGAUACUCCUCAGCUGACAGCUUUUCUAACUUCCCAAGGAACAUCUCUCAGUUUUGAAAUCCUUAACUUCAGCCUGUAUUCCACUGCUCGUAUUGCUGCUCCCCAGGCAUAUCGUGUGAUUGCUGCCGAGACCCUUAAAUUCACUCACGAUUUUCUUGUGUUGGACCACCAGGCAUCUGUGAAAUGUUAUGAUUUCUCAGCUCAGGCCAAGACUAUAGUGAAGGCCACCACAGCACCUUACAAAGCUGAGCUUUCAAAUGAGGCUUUCUUAACUACGAAGGGCGGUUUAUCUGCCACCUUUGACACUUCCUAUAACCAUGCACUCAACCUCCCCAUCAUGAGGUUCACUGGUGAGACAUCUGUAACUCAAAAAGCUGUGGUCCACCAGGAAGGUACCUCUAUUAAAAUAACUGUUGGAAAUCAGGGUACUACCACAUUCAACUCUCAUGGCAAUACCCACAAGAGUGACCUGGAAGUCACUGUCAGUCCAAGUACAGUCAAGAUGACCUUUAUUAGCGACACAGAUACAGUCCUUCUGAAGAUGAAACAGACUCUGAGUGCUGACACUGUCAUCUUUAGUUAUUUCAAGUUUGAUAUUCGCUCUGAAGCAGAAGGCCCAACAAUCAAAAACAACCUUUUAGUGGGAUCAGUAAAUGCCAAUCUGCAUGACAUGAAGCUUGAGCUCAAGGCAACCCAAAGCACAGAUUUAAUCGGUAUUGUCAAUGGAGCCCUUAACAGUGAAAUCGAUGUUUCUAUCUGUCCCAAAGGGGUUGUGUUCAGCUUUCAGAAUAAGGGAAACACCAAGGUCAAUGUUAAUGAUGCCCUUACAGCCAAAUUUGACUUGCAGAAUGAUUACUCUGCAACCCUCAGGCAUGACAGACAACAUAUUAACACUGUAGCUUUGGCCCGUCUUAAUCAGUACAAUCUGUUCUUGAACUUAACUGUAGACAACAAUCAGAGGGAGGCUGCCAUCCUUGCUGCUGUAGAAGGAGAAGCAAACCUUGAUUUCCUGACUAGGCCCAUGAGCAUUCCUGAGAUGUAUAUACCAUUUGUUAACUUACGUACCCCAGCUAUUAGUGAUCUUGAUUUGUAUGACCAAACUGGGCUGAAGCACAUUUUAACAACCACUGAGCAGACAGUGAAUAUGGACGCCAAGAUUGUUUACCAGAAAAGCCAGGCUGCCCCCCUUAUUGACGUUAUGGGCCUGAUCCAGAUUCCCUCCGUGGGUAACCUGAUCACAGAGCUGUCCGUCAAGUCUGCCAUCAUUAAUCUGAAUGUCAAUGCUGGUUU